AUGAGUGAAAGUCCACAUUAAUUGAAAGCCAAGAUUGAUUUCUUACAUCAAGAAAAUCAAUAGUUGAGAAAUACUAUAGAGGAUUUACAAACUGUCAUCAAAUUGAAUAAAUAAUCAAUGCGUUCAAUGAUAGAUUAAGACGUUGGCAAUCCAAGAAUUAAUUAACAAACUACUAUUCGUGAGAAUGAAAAUACAAUGAAAGCACUUAAAUUAGUAAUUACAGAACAACAAAAAGAAAUUGAUCAUUUGAUGUCAUCGUUAGAGAAAGUUUAAAAAGAGAGGGAUUUUGCAUAAGGCAAAGCCCUAAUCUCAGAAGAGAUAACUUAUGCAGCAGAAAAGAGUGAAAAGAAGUUUAUUGCUGAAUUGGAGUCUACUAUUUUUGAACUUAAUCAUACCAUCAGUUAAUAAGCUUAAAAAAUUUGUUAACUUGAAAAGUAGGCAGAUUAAAGAGAUGAUACAACUGGAAUUGUUAUAAGAUAUAGAGAUGUCAUUCAUCCUAAUUCAGCCACUAUUUUACUACAUGAUGAAAUGGAAACAUUACAUUAAUUGAUCGUAAGAUUACAAUUAUAAGUUAAUUAUUUAAAGAGUAUUCAAUUAAAAUUAGUGACCCUUAUAAAUAAAGUGAUUACUAAUAUAUAAAUGAAAAUUUAAGGAGAGAUAAUAGAUUUAGAUGAAGAUUAUGAAAGAGCAUAACAUGAAUUUUUAGAAAUCUUAGCUUAAAUUUAAUGUAAAUAAAUUAUUUGAAUUACUAUUUUUAGAAUCUAGAUUACCAAAUGUAGAUUUACCAGUUAAAACACAUUCUAUUUAAUCACCUAUUAAUACAGAUAUGAUUCAUUCUCCAAUACCAUCUCCAUUUCCUGCUAAAGCUCCUUAAGUUUUUAAGAAAAAUUUUUAAAAUUUGAAUCAAACAUUUGAUGGAGGAAUUGGUCUUAAUGAAUCCUAUUAAUAAUAUGGAAAAUAAGAAGAUUUUAAGAAAAAUAAUUCUAGAGUACCAAAGUUGAAUUUAGCUAAAGCUUUUUAAAUUUAAUAAAUUAAUGCUAAAAGAUCUACACAAUAAAUAAAAUUAACUGAAGAUUAAUUAUAAAAUAGAGUUCGUAAAUUAGAAUAGGAACUUGAAGAAACUAAAAAGAAUUUAUCAAGAGAGAUGAUUUUAUGCAAACAUUAUGAAAUAGAAAAUGAAUCAUUAAAAAGACAUAUAAAAUAAAUAGAAGGAAAUAAUGAUAUUUUAGUCAAAUCUAAUCUAAAUCUCAAUUAAAAAUGGGAGAAAAUUUAAAAAAGUUUUAUGUAUUACAAAACAUUUUUUGUUGAACAUAAGGAUUAAUUUGCUUAAUUAUAAAUAUUAGUUUAAUCUGAAAAAGAAGUAUUAAAUAUAUUUUAAUAGAAAGAAGGCUUAAUCAUAAGAGGAUUAUAAUGAAUUUGGUUUUAAUUCUGCUAGAGUUAGUCAUGCUAGAAAAGGUUAGACUUAAAGAAAGAAGAAUUUAUUAGAUUAAACAAUUACUUCAUAUGUCCCUAUGUAUUAAGGUAAUAUUAUUAUAAUAGUGAUAUUAAGAAUCCCUUAUGGAAAUAGAGAAUUAAUUAGCAAGAGUUAACCAAUCAGAAACUUAUAAUCAGAAUAAUAGAAUUGAUUCAAGUUGUGCAAUUGAAAAUGAUAGAGAUGGUGAAUUAGGAGAGUUUUGUUUAGAUAGAGAUGAUAGUUAUAUAGAAAAUAAUGAAUGGAAGAACAAUCUAAAAAAAGAAUGGACAAUACUAGCAACUUAAGUUCACUCUGCAAAACCUAAAGAUUUGGCAUAACAAAUAAAGUAAUCCUAACCAAUACAAAAAUUAUAAAAUAUUAAAUCAUGAA